AAUCUGAAUUUUGCGGUUUAUCUCUCUUUUUAUUUAUCUACGCAUCUGCUAUAAAUAUAGCAAGGAAUCAAUCAUAUUUUUCAUUAAUAUCAAAGUCAGCUUCUAAAGUUGUUACAAUUGUUUUUGAAAUGGCAUCUCAAAAGGUCGCAAUUGUUACUGGAAGUAACAAGGGUAUUGGCUAUGCCAUUGUCAAAGGGUUAUGUGAGAAAUAUGAAGGGUUAGUUUAUGUAACAGCAAGAAAUGUUGAGAGGGGAGAGAAAGCAGUUAAAUCUUUGAAAGAUUUGGGCUUCAAUCCAUCUUUUCAUCAAUUAGAUGUUAAUGAUCAAGAUAGUGUGGAUAAAUUUAGAGAUUACAUUAAAACCACACAUGGAGGAAUUGAUGUUCUAGUAAACAAUGCUGCCAUUGCAUUUGAUAAUGAUGCCAAGGAGCCAGUUUCAGAGCAAGCUGAGAAAACACUCAGUACAAAUUACUUCAGUUUAGUCAGAGUAUGUGAUGCCCUAUUCCCACUGCUGAGAGAAAAUGCACAGGUUGUGAAUGUCUCAAGUUCUGCUGGUCAUCUCUCAAGAAUCCCAUCAACUGAUUUGAAGAAGAAAUUCAGUGAUCCAUCUUUAACUGUGGAACAACUGGAUGAUUUAAUGAAGCAAUUUAUUUCUGAUACGAAAAACGGAUCUCAUGGCGAGAAAGGAUGGGGUAAUUCUACGUAUGUUGUAUCGAAGGUCGGAGUGAGCGCGUUAACGCGUAUCCAACAACGUAUGUUCAAUGCCGAAUCUCCGCAGCGCAAUGUAUCUUGUAACAGCGUACAUCCAGGAUAUGUUGAUACAGACAUGACAAAUCACAAAGGUCUUUUGACCAUUGAAGAGGGCGCUAAAGCUCCGCUCUUUCUCGCAUUGGGUCAACAUCAGUUGAAGGGCCAGUACAUUUGGUUGAAUACAGAUGUUGUUGAUUGGCUUGCACUAGAUACACCAGCAAAAUAUUAAUCUGCUAAGAAAGUGGAAAAUUCUUUUGUUCACUAAUUAUGUUAAUGUUAUGAAUAUAUGCACUUCUUUUAUUCGACUUGUAUGAAUAAAUAUCGUAAAUUAAC